CCCUAACUGUGCAACACCCCAGCCCAUACCAUGGACGAGCCCCAGCCGCCGCCGCGCCCGCCGGUGCAGCUCGCCGGCGCGGCGCGCGACGCGGAGCUCCGCCUCGCCGCGGCGCUGUCCCGUGAGGAGGUCCUCCGCCGGCGCCGGCGCCGCCUGCUGCAGCUCUGCUCCCUCUACCGCGCCCAGUUCUGGGCGCUCGCCAACGAGCUCCCCGCCAGGCACGGCGAGUACUGGUGGCAUCACGGCGCCAGCCCCGCGCUCGACGACGACCCCCCGCGCGCCCGGCUCCGGCCGUCCCUGCCGCUGCUGAAAGGGAAGGGGGCCAGUGCUGGAGCGCUGGAGAAUGGGAGCCCCGUCGGGCCGCUGGAGAAUGGCUGCCGCGGUGCCGUCGGCCCCGGCGCGGCGGCUGCGGGCGGGAGGGCGGGGUGCGCGGCCUCGAAUUGCGAGGCCAAGGCGAUGCCCCUGUCCCAGUACUGCUUCAAUCAUAUCCUCUUAGACCCCAAGCAGCAGCUCUAUCAGCCCUGCGCCUUCCCCACAAGGACAAGUGGCGCGCCAGAUGGGGAAGCAAUUUGUGGAAACCCUGUUCUGAGAGGCAUUACUCCACUACGAUGUGCUGACCAUGAUCCAAAAUCUCCGAAACUCAUCAUAGAUGCUUUGAAAAAUGUAGGAAUUGACCUGCCCUUGACAAGUAAGAGUGCUCCAAAAUUGAGUCUCUUGAUUUCUGAAACAGUCCGGGAAAUUCAGAUGAAAAGAAAGCUUUCCAUUUAUGGUGGAAAGACUGCACCUUCUGAUAUGUCAUUGAAAUGAUUUAUUUGGACCAGCCUGUGAUCUCUUUGUACAUGAUGGCCCUACAGAGAUGGGAGAUGUUCCAUUGUAAAUACCAGGUGUCAAGGUUCACCAAAUCUUCAAAAGAAGAAACAAUGAAUUGUUAAACUGUUGGAUGAGUUAUAGUGCAGUGAAGGAAGCCCAAUUUAGAACAAUUGGCUGCUUUUAAGCUACCCUCUUUAAACUUUGAAUGGAAGAAAACAAAUUUCUGACUGGGCUUUCAACAGCCACAUGAGGAAUGCUAAAUAAAGUUCAAGUAAUUGGAGGGUUGUAUUGAGUCUUGGAUGAUCAGUCAGGCUACCCUGAUGAGACUUGCUAGUCUUCCCUGUGUGGGGAAUGUUCAGCAUGGAAGUUUCUUUAUCAUUAGUGUUGUUGCUCCGUAUUGGACCGGAAAUGUUUCAUCUUGUUUGUGGUCAGAAAUGUUUGUACAUAUAGUCGUAAAUUGUGGUAGCUACUAUUAGUUUGGGGUAUAGGUAUUUAUCUUUGUGGCUGCACCCCAGCGUUGGGAAUUUGGGACUGGCAGUUUGGGGCUAUAUCUAGCUUGCAAAAUGUGAAUGCAUGGUUGAUUGAUCUGUGUUACUUGGGAUGUCUUUCUUGGGUGGUUUUCCUUUUUUUUUUGAAAGCUUGGGUUGUUUUCUUGGGCUAGAGUUGUUUUCUUAGUCUAAUCCUCAACUCGUUCAUUGUUCAGUUGCAGCCUGUAUAUUGCUCUAUUGUUUUAUUGCAUAGCUUCUUUGAGCUUGGUGUCCGGACAGCGUAUUCUUGACAUUUGAUCUUAUCACAGCAUGCUCUCUCAGUUCAUCCUCUUAUAAGAACAUGUUUGUGCACUCAUACUCUGCAUACGACAUGGCCUUCUACAUAUCUGUCGGCUCACCUGUGAAGAAUAUCCACAUUAUUUCUCAUGUUGUUGGACUUUAAUCCUUAAAUAGAGAUAUGUUUAGUGUACUACACCAAGUACAAAAUGUAACCAGCUGGCGAUAUCUUUAGCAUGCUAGUGUCUUGUACUACAUAUUUUCCUUUGAAAGAUCCAGGGCCAUUGCCCGGUAUAUUAAUAAUUAUAAUGACUACAUUUAA